AUGGCCGAGUUCCUUUCCGGACUCGAAGGCACUGAAAUUACCCUUAACUCACCGCCAGAACCGCCGUUUUACUUUGACCCCGAGACCUGGCAAAUUGUCGAGAAGCUUGACGAGUGCCCAUAUGCCUCGACCGAGGAAGACAUUGCUGAUGGUCUGCCCCCUGGAUACGUUUCUGGAAAGUUUCUUUGUCGCCCCGCCGGUUCCGACGCCCAAGAGAAGCUCGCAUUUAUGCGAAUUUACAAGCAGAUUCCUAUCGCUGGGACUGAGUUCCAGAAGUCUACAAUCCGAGCUGCUCAGGCCGCCGGGCCACGUGAACAUACAGAGCUUAUCGCCUUAAAGGCCUUUAUGGAGAAAGGAUGUGAUGUUGUGCCUGAGCUGCUUGGAUACCAGUUAGGGAAGCAAGAUGAAGACGAUAUCGUCCCCGGGGGCUAUAUCACUUAUGUGGUGUGGGAAAAAGUUCGCGGAGACUCCCUUGAUAGGGAAAUGUUCUGGAGUUGCCCCUUCUCCCAGCGACAGGAGAUUCGAGCAAAGUUUCGCCAGGUUUAUGAAAAGCUUCUACAGUUCGGAUGCCGGCCACAACUUCCUACGUCGUCUAAGAUCAUAUACGAUUGGGCCAUCGGAGAGAUGCACAUAUCCGGAUUCAGCCACGUGAUUCAUGUCGAUACGAGCACGAAGUGGGAUGAUCGAAUUUACGCCAGUUAUUGCCUCGCCUUAAAAUCCACGGCAAUGGAUCAUUUAUAUCCCGUCAAGAGCACCGAUGUGUACCGCGACGACAAGGGUUGGAGGUGGUGA